GCGGGGCCGCGCCUCAGCUGCCCCUGUGGACCGCCCAGUCCAAGCCCGGUGGGGCUCCGCUCAGCAACCUGCAGAGCCCUGAUAGCUAAAAUGUAAUUUCAGAUUGGACAACAUGUCUAAGUUAUUGGAAACAGUUUGAUCCUCUUGCAUCCUGCUUUGUUGAGUAGGACUCAUGCUUCUUCGCUGCUGAGGUGGAGGGAUAGCAAUGCCCGGUGGAGAUGAACCCAGGAGCUACUAUGUGGGCGUGGAUGUGGGGACCGGCAGUGUCCGAGCAGCCCUUGUGGACCAGAGGGGCACCCUCUUGGCUUUUGCAGACCAGCCCAUCAAUCAGUGGGAGCCUCAGUUCAACCACCAUGAGCAGUCGUCCGAGGACAUCUGGGCCGCAUGCUGUGUUGUCUCAAAGAAAGUUGUACAAGGGGUCAGUUUACACCAAAUUCGAGGGCUUGGGUUUGAUGCCACAUGUUCUCUGGUUGUUUUGGAUAAGCAGUUUCGUCCUUUGCCAGUCAAUCAUGAAGGGGAUUCCCAUCGAAACAUCAUCAUGUGGCUGGAUCACCGGGCGGUCAGUCAGGUCCACCGGAUCAACGAGACCAAGCACAGCGUCCUGCAGUAUGUUGGGGGUGUAAUGUCUGUGGAGAUGCAGGCCCCGAAGCUUCUGUGGCUAAAAGAGAACUUGAGAGAGACUUGCUGGGAUAAGGCGGGACAUUUCUUUGAUCUCCCAGACUUCUUAUCGUGGAAGGCAACAGGUGUCACAGCACGGAACUGCACAACAAAAGAAGCAAACUCACGUUUCUGUGGGAUCCCAGAAGAUAGCAUAAGAGAAGCACAGGCUGAGAUAACUGUACACGUCCACAUCUUGUCUCUCUGCUCCCUGGUGUGCAAAUGGACAUACUCUGCAGAGAAAGGCUGGGACGACAGUUUCUGGAAGAUGGUUGGUUUGGAAGACUUGAUUACAGAUAAUUACAGCAAAAUUGGAAACCAAGUACUGCCUCCUGGAGCUUCUCUUGGAAGUGGGCUCACACCAGAGGCAGCAAAGGACCUUGGCCUUCCUCCUGGAAUUGCAGUGGCAGCCUCACUGAUUGAUGCUCAUGCAGGAGGACUAGGAGUGAUUGGAGCAGAUGUGAAGGGGCACGGCCUCGCCUGUGAGGGACAGCCGGUGACGUCACGGCUGGCUGUCAUCUGUGGAACAUCUUCUUGUCACAUGGGCAUCAGCAAAAACCCAAUAUUUGUACCAGGUGUCUGGGGCCCUUAUUUCUCAGCCAUGGUCCCUGGGUUCUGGCUGAAUGAAGGUGGUCAGAGCGUUACUGGAAAACUGAUAGACCACAUGGUGCAGGGCCAUGCUGCCUUUCCUGAACUACAAGCCAAGGCCACAGCCAGAGGCCAGAGUGUAUAUGCAUAUUUGAACAGUCACCUGGAUCUGAUUAAGAAGGCUCAGCCCGUGGGUUUCCUCACUGUUGAUUUACAUGUUUGGCCAGAUUUCCAUGGCAACCGGUCUCCCUUAGCAGAUCUGACACUAAAGGGCAUGGUCACUGGAUUGAAACUAUCUCAGGACCUCGAUGAUCUUGCCAUUCUCUACCUGGCCACAGUUCAAGCUAUUGCUUUCGGGACACGCCUCAUUAUAGAGGCCAUGGAGUCAGCAGGGCACUCGAUCAGCACCCUUUUCCUGUGUGGUGGCCUCAGCAAGAAUCCCCUUUUUGUGCAAAUGCACGCGGACAUCACUGGCAUGCCUGUGGUCCUGUCGCAAGAGGUGGAGUCUGUUCUUGUGGGCGCUGCUGUUCUGGGGGCCUGUGCCUCGGGGGAUUUCGCUUCUGUACAGGAGGCAAUGGCAAAAAUGAGCAAAGUUGGAAAAGUUGUGUUUCCUAGCCAUGAGGAUAAAAGGUAUUAUGACAAGAAAUAUCAAGUAUUCCUGAAGCUGGUUGAACACCAGAAGGAGUAUGCAGCCAUCAUGAAAGGGGACUGAGCAGAGCUUGCAGGGGCUGAUGCCAGGUUUCAUAUCAUUGCAUCGGGGACCUCUGUCAUUUCACCUUACAUUCGAGACCCUUAGGUAUCAUUUCAUUCAUUUCUGCAUUGCCUUUUAAUAAAGGAAGCUGAGACAUA